AUGGCGGCGAGUUUGAUGACGACCUUCAAGCCGUGCUUUUGUUUCGUAACGAUUCUUUUGCUUUCGGCCUGGCUGCCGGAAAUAACGUGCUCGAGCGUGGAGCUUGGGGGUUUUUUCCGAGGUAAUAACCGGUUCGUGACUCGGGCUUGCGACGAAAUCUAUGUCGUGAGAGAAGGCGAAACUCUUCAGACGAUCAGCGAAAAGUGUGACGACCCGUUUAUCGUGGAGCGGAACCCGCACGUUCACGACCCGGACGAUGUUUUUCCGGGACUUGUCAUAAAGAUCACGCCAUUUUCGAGCUAUAGGAGUUAA